AUGUAUGUUCCAGUUAAAUUGAAUAGCAUUGAGCAUCGCUUCGAAUGCGAUUCCGGAAGUAAGAAAAUUAUUGAUUCUUUUUCUGAUGUGUUUGAACCUAAAAUUGGUUGCAUUCCUGAUUAUACUUGUACACUAAAGCUAAUUCCAGAUGCUAAACCCAUUUUUAUUAAACCACGUACUGUACCGUAUGCUUUAAAAUCAAAAGUAGAACAAGAAUUAGAUAAAUUAGAAGCGGAAGGUGUAAUAGAAAAAAUAGACGUAUCAGAAUGGGGUACACCCCUAGUAGUUGUCCCAAAGCAUGAUGGCACAAUUCGUAUUUGCGCAGAUUUUAAAGUUACAAUCAACAGUCAGCUUCAAAAUGCCAGACACCCAAUUCCUAGAAUUGAGGACAUUUUCAAUAAAUUACGCGAUGGGAAAUAUUUCUGUACGCUCGAUAUCCACAAAGCAUAUUUACAUUUGAAAGUCGAUGAAGAAAGUGCAAAAUAUCAGACUCUUUCUACUCAUAGAGGUACAUACUUAGCAAAAAGAUUAUUUUUCGGAAUAAAAACUGCACCAAAUGAAUUCCAUAAAUUUAUUGAUCAGUUUGUCCAAGAUUUGGAUGGAACUAUUGCCUACUUUGAUGAUAUUAUCAUCCAAGGAAAAGAUAAACAAGAUUGCCAGCAACGUUUAAUUAAAGUAUUAGAAAAGUUACGGGAACAUAAUUAG